AUGCUAGGAUUGUUGACAAUUACAAGUGUAUUCCGAAAUUGGCGGAAUAGUUUGCAGCGCAAAGAGGACUACGAUGAGUGCCAUAUGAGAGGAAUAAAUAAUGAAAAUGAAAUAAGUGGUAAAAGUGAAAAAAAUUUCAAAUUAGAUGAACCACCAAUUUCGUUAGAAACAGUAAUGGCAGAAUUCAAAUUGUCAAAUGAGACACUUCGUCGAAUGAUGGCACAUAUGUCUCGUAAUAUGGACAAGGGUCUUGAAGGUGGACCCGAGAAUAGCACCAUAUCAAUGUUACCAUCUUUUGUACCUGAAUUACCUAAUGGAACAGAAGAAGGUCGAUUUAUUGCAAUGGAUUUGGGUGGUACCAAUUUACGUGUAAUGUUAAUGGAUAUUAAACCAGGUGAAGAGCUGAAGACGGAGCAAUUCAAUACACGUAUACCAAAUUGGGCUAUGCGUGGUACCGGUGAACAGCUAUUCGAUUACAUAACAAAAUGCUUAGCAGAAUUUCUGAUUGAAAAGGGUAUCGAGAAUGAUGGUCUACCGGUGGGAUUUACAUUUUCUUAUCCAUGUGAUCAGAAAAGUUUACGUUCUGCUACAUUACUCAGAUGGACAAAAGGUUUUGAAACGACAGGUGUAGUUGGUGAAGAUGUCGUGGAACUUCUUGAACAAUCUAUCGCUAGGAGGGGUGAUAUUAAAGUGGAAGUGGUAGCACUAAUUAAUGAUACCGUUGGUACAAUGGUAGCAGCUGCUCAUGAAAGUGGCGGUGAAUGUCACAUUGGUGUUAUUAUCGCAACCGGUACAAAUGCUUCAUAUAUGGAAGAUACAUCAAAAAUCAAGUACGGUUUAUCAAAAGCAAUAGCCGCUUACAAUUAUCCGGAAAUGAUCAUUGAUACGGAAUGGGGCGGCUUUGGUGAUCGUUCCGAAGCUGAUUACAUUUUAACACAAUAUGAUAAAAUUGUUGAUAGCCGUUCGGAGCAUCCAGGCGUAAACACAUUUGAUAAACUUGUUGGUGGAAAAUGUAUGGGUGAAGUGGUACGUGUCGUGUUGGAAAAAUUGACGCGGGCACGUGUUUUAUUCAACGGGAAAGGUUCGGAUGCACUUUUUCAACAAGAUUCUUUUCCAACGAAAUAUAUCUCUGAAAUUCUUAGGGAUGAAAGUGGCUCAUAUGUACAUACGAGAGAUAUAUUAGGUGAAUUGGGUAUCGAUCAUUACAGUUUCAGUGAUAUGUUACUUCUUCGAGAAGUUUGCGUUGUUGUUUCACGUCGAUCAGCUAAUCUUGGCGCUGCUGCAAUUGCAUGUGUGUUAAAUCGUGUCCGAAAACAGAAUAUGGUAGUUGGAAUAGAUGGCAGUACAUACAAGUAUCAUCCAUUUUUCGACUUUUGGGUUCAUGAUAAAUUGAAGGAGCUUGUCGAUCCGGGCCUUAAAUUCAAAUUGUUACAAACAGCUGAUGGUAGUGGUAAAGGUGCAGCACUGAUCACAGCAAUUGUUGCGCGAUUGAAAAAGCGAAAUUUAAAGCAACAACAACAACAACAACAACAACAACAACAGCAUGUAACAAUGGUAGAACAAAAUGUUGUUGAGCAAAUAGCGGAAACGAAAGGAAGUCGCGAACAGUUCAUGAAUGGAAAUCAAAAAAUUAAUUUGGUGACAAAUGACAUACCAAUUUAUGACAGCUUUAAUGGUGACAUAGAAAAUGGUGUGAUCCAUUUAUCCACUGAUCAUUGA